UGUACCGCACUGUGUGCUGUAGUUCUGCAGCCACGUCGCAGACAGACAGCAUCGCCCUUACAAACCUCAUUCUCUUCAAAAGCAGCCGCCCAACCGGACCGACAACACGUUUGUCCUCAUACUGUUUGUCAGACAUUGUGUUUACACGUUUUUAUUUUAAAAAUUGUUACUCGUGACGGAUAAAUUAAGAGCAGUUCUUCGCUGUGGUCAUGGAACCAGAGGAUGUACAUUUCAGAUCAGGAGAACAUUUAGGUGAGGAUGAGAAUGAGAAAGCAACAUUUGAGAGGAGGGAUGAUAAACCAGGAAGACCGCCGAUGUCCCGCAUCCCUACCUUUCAAAGCUCCCUGGGCCGCAAGCGAGUCACUGUCCAGAGUGCAGAGUCAUCGCCGAAGAUGGAUGAAUCUAUCCACCAGGGCCAAAAAGAGAAAGCUGGCUCUACAGAGGUUGGAAGAGUGAAAAUGUCAGGAUCUGGAGGGAGAGAAACAGGACUGCCCAUGCCAUCGGUUCGUUUAAACACAAGCCUUGCUGAUACUCUCUCUCAAGGUGAUAUCUCGGGUCACACCUCUACUGUUUUGGCUCCGAAAAUAAAUCAAUCUCUUGAUCAAACACCUGAGAUUACAAAAGACUCCGAUCAGCUUGAUAUGCCACUAAAGCGACCCCCGCUCAGGAAUGUCUUUGAGACCUCUGAUCUUGUCGUAGAGCCUAUUUCUGAAUUCGAAACCGCAAGCGUAGAGAGCGUUUCGGAAGACGAGCAGAUGCCGGCGCAGGAUGCCGUCGUAGAGGAUCUGAGCUCAUGCUCCUCUGUUGAUCAGGUCGAGGCACCUGAUGAUCAAGAGGGUGAAGAUAAUUUGAGAGAGGACUUUGAAAAAGAAGAUGUAUCCCAAUCACUUUGGACGGAAGAAAACAGUGUCACAGGGAGUGAUGUGAAAUGUGUGGAAUGUGUUCCAGAUAAGGAUGAUGGAUCCAUAAUUAGUGGUCAAGAUGAAACCACUAAGAUCCAAAAACCUUCAGAUAGUAAGAAAUGCUCUACAGAAACACAACAGGGAGGCAAAACUGCCAAUACUACUCAGACAAAACACACCAAGACCAAAACAUGUACACCCUCCAAGGAGACAAAAGGAAGGAGCUGUUCCCUUUUCUAUCUCCUGCCCACCCUUCUACUCCUUUUGGGUGGAUUUACAUUGCACAUCUGGCAGUAUGGAGUCCCUAAAUCUGUAUCUCACCUGAUGACACAACUUGAACUCCACUGGUUGGAAAGUUUCUGGAUGCCUCAAGAAACAUGCACCUCUGACUGUAGGCUUACUCUUGUUGAGAGUGUCCCUGAGGGCCUCAGUUUCCCUUCCGGCUCGCCACACCUGCCUAGCAUUGCAGAGGCUUGGACUAAACUACUAAACAAAGCAAACCGCUCUGUCCACAUUGGUGCUUUCUAUUUCACACUGCGAGAUUUAGAUUUGGGUCUCACGGAGCCCUCGUCUGUGCUGGGCAAAAAAGUGUUGAACCAGCUGAAGCAACUGGAACCAAACGGAGUGAAGUUGAAGAUUGCUGUAAACGCCCCUCAGCCAUACAUCGCAGACACAGACGAACUGGUAGCAACAGGGGCUGAGGUCAGGGGAGUUGACCUGCAAAGCGUCACUGGAGGCAUUUUGCAUACCAAACUAUGGGUUGUGGAUAAGAAACACGUGUAUUUAGGGAGUGCAAACAUGGAUUGGCGUUCGCUUACCCAGGUGAAAGAGGUUGGAGUGUCUGUGGAGGACUGCAGCUGUCUAGCGCAGGACGCCUCACGGAUAUUUGACGUUUACUGGGAAGUUGGAGCUCAGAAGAAUGGAUCUCUGCCUCCUUUCUGGCCGGGCCGUUUCUCCGCCCUCUCCAGUUCUAAGUACCCAUUAGCUGUUAAAUUCAACGGUGUCCCUGCACGUGUCUAUUUGUCUAGUUCCCCUCCUCCUUUAUCAUCAUAUGGGCGUUCUGACGAUCUCUCAAGCAUCCUCUCAGUAAUUGCUGAUGCUGAGCAGUUCAUCUAUGUGUCUGUGAUGGACUACCUUCCUUCGUCCCAGUUCACAGAGCCCAUUCGGUUUUGGCCUGUCAUCGACACGGCUCUUCGUGAGGCAGCAUGUGCGAGAGGUGUUGAGGUGAAGCUGUUGGUCAGUUGUUGGAGUCAUUCUCCCGGUGCCAUGUUCGUCUUCCUCCAGUCUUUAUCAGUGCUCAACAAGCCCCCUCUGAGCUGCAACAUUCAGGCGAAAGUCUUUGAGGUGCCUUCAACACGACAGCAGCAGAGGAUCCCGUUCGCACGUGUCAACCAUGCCAAGUACAUGGUGACUGAUCGAGUUGUUUACAUUGGAACUUCCAACUGGUCUGAGAAUUACUUCACCCAGACGGCAGGGGUUGGGCUCGUUGUGAAUCAGACAGGUUCUGCAGUAGGGCAGGGCCAGCAAACAGUUCAGAGCCAAAUGCAGGAGAUUUUCCAGAGGGACUGGCGUUCAGAAUACGCUCAGACCCUCACUGAUGUUCACGCCGAGCAUUGCAGCGGAAAAACACUUACAUAAUAAACCACACUCUUUAUUUGUCAUGUUGCUAUGCACUGUGGUUCAAAAAAUAAAAACAUCAGACACCAAAAACUCUUCCCUACGGCAUUCCUGCCUACUGAUAACUUAUUUAUGAUGUAUGUAUUUCCCAAAAGGAUGCUGUGCAUUUUUAAUGUUUGUUAUAAAUAUGGGAUACAUUAAUUCUUCGUUUUUUUUUUUCCAAGUGCAUUUAUUGUAUAUUUGCAUUAUGUGACAUUUGCCAGAAUAAGGACAAGGUCCUUGAGCAAGCACUGAUCUUUUAUGUUGAACUGGUUAAACAUGCAUGGAAGUGAAAUAUUGUAAUAGUGCCUUGGCUGUAAUGACUGUAAAGAUUGUUUUCAAAAUAAACUGCCUUUUCGGUAAGAA